CGUGGACUCGGCUGGGCACAGAACUGGUUCUGUGGCCAUCCACGGGGGUUUCUAGGGUGAGAUAGGACCACGACAUGUGUCCAGAAACCCAAGCUGUGCGACAGAAGGUGGGUUGUGGCAACGAGGUCAUAUCAGGACCCACAAGAAGCCACCCAGCUGCUCAGUGCCUCCUAGCCAGCGCCUUCCUCUGAAGAAGCCCUGCUGAGUCGAGUACUGAGAGAGCCAAGAGGAAUACGAUGCUGCCUGUGACCCACGUGUUGGCCUUCGGUGCUUGGCUGGUGGCACAGAGCAAGGCUACACCAAGUGCUCCAACAAUCUCCAUCUUCCUGAAGCCACCUGGGGUGAUCCCACCAGGAGGCUCCACCACCAUCUGCUGCAGCUGCCAGCAUGGCAAUGGGAACUUCAUGCUGUACAAGGAUGGCCACCAGCUCCGUACCCUGGAGCAGAGUGGCAGCAGGGCCGAGUUCUCCAUCUCUAAUGCCACCUACGAGGACACAGGUACCUACAACUGCCAUUACCUGGAGGGAGGCACUGUGCUGGCUCGCAGCGAUGGCCUGGAUGUCAUGGUGACAGGUGAGAGAUGUGCUGUUACCCCUUCUUGCGGGGUCACAUGCCCUAUGUGCAGACUGGGAUGCAUGCAGACACUUGGCUUCCCUAUCCAUAUGAUGGGCAGGGGAUUUCUCUUCUUCCCUGGCUUGGAGAGGUGGGGACCAUCUGCACCUUCAUCUAAGCCUUUUGAUGGGUUUAUGGAGAUCUUGGCGGCUCCUGGCACCAUGUCAAAGCCCUGUAUGUCUUCUCAAGCCCUCUCCGUCCCCCCAGGGAUCCGUCUCCCUGGACCCGACCUCUCUGUCCUGCCUGGGCAUGAGGUGACUGCAGGAACUCAUGUGAUAUUCCGUUGCACCCCCCCACACCACAGUACUGGCUGUUUCCUGUACCUGGAGGGCCAGAUCCGAGCCCAAGUACUCUCAAGGGAACAAGAUGACUACAACUUCUCCCAUGUGCAGGAAGGUGAGGGGGGCCGCUACAGCUGCCAGUGUUUCACCAAGAAUGCUUCGAUAGAAUGGUCUGCUGUCAGCAAGACCCUGGAUUUGGUGGUGAGAGAUUACACGUUGUGCAACGCAGUGCGCCUGGCGCUGGGGGCCGGGCUGCUGGUCCUGCUGGGGCUCAUUACGGCUGAAGCCACGCGAGGUCGCUGCUGCCGGGGCGGGAGGGCCCACCCUCUCCCCGCAGGCAGUGCUCCCCUGACUGCGACCAGUGUGGGAACACCGGGAUUCCCUUCCCGCGCUUCGCGGUGGGAUAAAUAAACCGUUCUCGUCGCUGUGCCUGUCCCUGUCC